AUGUCAAAGAAGAAGGUAAUUCCAUUCAUUUUCUGUGCUGCACAGAUGUUUCUGGCUGUUACUUUUAGAACCACAGAAUGCUUCUUGUUGGUCACCAUUGUGUAUGACUGCUAUGUGUCCAUCUACAUCCCACUGUUGUAUGUACUAAGCAUGCCAUCAAAAGUUUAUGUGCCACUUAUCAUCACUUGUUAUGCUUAUGGAGUUCUGCAUGCUCUUAUUCACACUGGGGCCACUUUCAGUGUGUCCAGUGAAAUUAAUCAUAUUUUCCGUGACAUCCCUCCUCUACUGAAAAUUUAUUGUUCUGACAUUCAAUUCAAUCACCUUCUCCUCUUCUUCUGUGCUUUGUUUAUUGAGAUAGUCACCAUCCUGAUUGUCCUGAUUUCCUAUAGCUUCAUUCUGUUCACUAUUCUGAGGACAUGCUCUGCUGAAGAUAAAAGAAAACUCUUUUCUAUGUAUGGUUCUCAUCUAACUGCAGUGUCCAUUUGUCUCAGCACUCAUGUGUUCAUGUUUAUGAGACCAAAUUCCAACUAUGUCUUUGAGCAUGACAUGGUAGUGUAG